AUGUCCACCUCGCCAAAUACAACAUGUCUUUCCAACCAGCAGGGAUCCGUCUUGUCAUCUACAGUGACUUGUCUCGAUGGGUUCCACUGCCCCAACAACAAAUUGGGAAAUCCACCAGAGAUCUGCCCUCCCACCACCCAAUGCCGUCUGACGAGGCUUCAGGAGCAUCACAACAUCUGCAACCAUGCACAGGGCACAUACGAGCCAACUGUGUGCCAACCAGGCUACUAUUGUCCAUCAGGAGGACAGAGUCAGAUUCCAUGUCCUAAGGGGCAUUUCUGUCCGCUAGGAACUGUGGAGCCGUUUAAGUGCUUUAAACUUUCUGCAUGCCCAGAGGGCAGUACAAGAGAACUCCCAACCGCUGGGCUUCUUUAUGCCGUUCUUUUGGAUAUAGUCGUUGUCAUGUUUGUUGCUUGGCCGUUCCUGUCCGGAUGGAUACGCCACCGCUCGCGUGCGAAACUGGGUGGAAAGCCGGGAGAACCAGUCUCGGAGAGGGAAAUUGAAUGCUGCGGAAGAAACACACCGUUCACCACUACUGAAAGCAGCUCCCACGUCGCUCAGUUCUUCCGUCCACAUCACUCUCAAGGCGCUAUCCCUGGCAUUGAGGUGGCAUUUCGCAGUCUCAGCAUGCGGCCAACCGAGCAUGAAAGUCUGACUUUGAACAGAUUGCGUGAUCUGGUGGCGCUCGUCCCCCAAGAUGAUAUUAUGCUCCCUGAUAUGACCGUCCAGGAGAAUAUUCUAUACUCAUCACGGAUCCGGCUCGGGGGGUCGCGGAAGGACGUUGAAAUUCGGCGGUAUGUUGACCAUCUUAUAACUAGUCUGGGGUUAAGCAGUGUACGCAAUCGACUCGUCGGGGAAGUAGGCGGAAGAGGUCUUUCAGGAGGCGAGCGGAAGCGCGUCAAUAUCGCUUUGGAGCUGGCCGCUGCGCCUAGAAUUAUCGUGCUCGAUGAGCCCACAUCAGGUUUAGACGCGAAGACUGCCCUUUCGGUAAUCGAGCUUCUCAAGUCCUUGACAACCCACGGAGUCACUGUAAUUUGUGUGAUUCACCAACCGAGACCCGAGAUUUUUUCGUCUCUUGACGAUAUGCUGCUCUUAAACCGUGGACGACAGAUCUACUUCGGUGCGGCUGCGGAUGCAAAACAGUGUUUUGUGGAUGCGGGAUAUAAUUUCCCUGUGGCAUCCAAUUCGGCCGAUACGAUGAUGGAUAUCUUGUCAUGCUAUGAUAACAUUGAUCUGUGCCAGCAUAAAAAAAGCAGUCCUGGAUCGCCGGGACGAGAUAAUCGAGAUUUGCGCGCGCCACUUAGUUUCGUCAGACAAGGGCGUGCAUUAUGGCAUCGCCAAGUUUUCUUGGCCUUCAUGCGAGGCGUGAAACAACAAACGAGACAAUAUCCCAGUUUCCUGCUUGAAAUUGUAACUGGCGCAGCUACAGGGCUCCUAAUAGGCCUAUCCAAUUACGAAUUCAAAGGACAUUUGUUCCAGGGAUUGUUCCACCCUCCGUUCCAGCUCUUAUCAAGCCCUGUGAGCUACCGACUGCUCACAGAGCAAGGGAUGCUACUCUGUCUGACAAUUGGUAAGAUGAUUUACUACUACACUACAUGA